UGAAUUUUUUUUUAGUUCGUUACGUCAAAACUUUUGUUGAGAAACUAAAAAAAAUUUAGAGAACUAAGUAUACCAUCACAUUAAUGUCGAAAUGAAUUGAAGAAUUUUCGUUGAAUGUUUCGUCAAGCGCAAUACUUAAAUUGCAUUGAUAAAAUAAGCUCAAUCAUACAUUGUCAGUGGACUUGUGAUUAUAAAAAAAUUUAGUGUGAUAAGUGGUCCCCGAUCUGUUAUUAAAUAGAUCCGAAGAGGAGUACUGUGAAUCAUGAAAAUAAACGAGAAGAAUCUGUGUAUGUUUGCAACUUCACCUCCGGUGGAUCUAGAAGGAUGGCUAUCGAAGCGAGGAGAAGUAAAUAAAAACUAUCAACGACGCUACUUCGUGCUCAAAGGAAAUCUCCUAUUCUAUUUCGAGAAGAAAGGCGAAAAGGAACCGUUGGGAGUAAUCGUUUUGGAGGGCUGUACAAUAGAAUUAGCAGAAGACGGCGAACAGUAUUGCUUCCAAGUAGUAUUUCACGGCAUAAACAAUCGCACAUAUUUUCUAAGCGCCGAAUCUCAAGACUUGAUGGAACGAUGGAUGAAAGCUCUUACAUGUGCUGGCUACGAGUACAUGAAAUUAAUGGUCUCCGAAUUACAGCGACAAUUGGAGGAAAUUGAAGGAACCAAGGAUGCAACAUCUGAUAAAUUAAUAACACCGCAACCACCACCUAGGCGACACAAUCCAUUCAAUAGGCCAGCACCUCCGCCACCAAAUAACGUUACGCCGUUUGAAGGCGAAAAAGAAACAUGUUACGACAAACCACUGGAAUCACACUUUUAAAUAUAAAUCGAAGAACACUCAAAAACCGAAUAGAACUUUUAAAUACUUCUCAUUAGUGCCAUUAAAUGCCAUUUCGGAAUAUGUUGAUCAUCAGAACACAUUAUUCUGAUUACCCGAAAACACCACACAAAUGUAAAUAAGAUUUAAAAAAAAAAUUGUUUGUCGAAUGUACGAUAAAUCAAUGCACUUUUUCUAUACUCUAUAAUGAUGAACGAUAGGUGAGUGUGUGCCAACAGCAAUUAAAAACGUAAACAAAAUUCUUUGAGUUUAUAGUUAUAGGUGUGGAUUACAGUGAUUCAAUCGAUUUCCAUUGCAAUAUUUUUGUACACAAAAUUAAUAUUGAAAAAAUAAAGAGAAAUUCUACUCUCUAA